AUGGACUUCUUUAAGGACAUUGUUUCCAAAACGCAGACAAUCUUGGAUGGGUCGACAUCGUCGAAGCGACUGGGAAAAGACGAACUUCUAUGCGCAGAAUUUCGGCUCCCUGAAGGCGAGCGAAUAGUGGACGAGGCGUCCGUCGAAGUGGUCCUUAGCCCUCGGCACCUGGGCCAGCCCCACGCUUCGGAGAGCUCGGUCGUUGUUUUCAGCGGAAAACUUACCUUGACAAACAACUUUCUUACAUUCAAAGAUUCCUACGACCCUGUGGCAUGUUCAUUCGUGAUUGAGCUGCUAAUGAUACAGAAAAUCCAAAGACUUCAUCGUUCCUUCGAUUUUACAAUUCAGUUGCAUACAACCAGUGAUUUGGAGUUCACCAUACAGUUUUUGGGCAUAAGGUCACAGGCAGAGCGUUUCGGACAGAACUUGACACGGUCUCUCAAACAAAAUGUCAAUGAAGUGUCGAGAAUGAACUUAUUUUUGAUGGGACUAUAUUCCGAGUAUCUCCUGUACAAAAACAAAUCAUCCAGACUGAAGAUAGAUGCGCCCCCAACUGGAGGGCUUGGAUGGGUGUUCAAGUUUCCUGGGAACGCGCAGAAAAUGAAUGACAGACUAAAAAUGAAAAAAUGGUUUGACUUCUUUAGAGAGUACGGACGCAAUUUCGCAUUGAUCAAAAACAUACCAUUCUACAGGCUUGUCAGUUACGGUCUGCCAAACAAGCUGCGAGGAGAAUUAUGGGAGACAUGUUGCGGGUCGAUAUACCUUCGAUACAAGUAUUUCGACGAGUACAACAAACUACUGGUGGACUUUGACGGUAUGAAAUCUUUUGCAAUUGAGGAAAUCGAAAAAGAUCUCAACAGGUCCCUACCUGAAUAUCCAGCAUACCAAACGGAGGAGGGCAUCAACAGGCUUCGAAGAGUGCUGACCGCUUAUUCUUGGAAGAACCCUGAUAUUGGAUACUGCCAAGCUAUGAAUAUAGUCACGGCUGCCCUUUUGAUUUACAUGUCUGAAGAACAAGUUUUCUGGUGCCUCUAUGUUCUCUGUGAGAGAAUCAUUCCAGGGUACUACUCACAGACAAUGUACGGCGUUUUGCUUGACCAGAAAGUUUUUGAGGCUCUUGUGAAGAAGACGAUGCCUAUACUUGGAGAUCAUUUUGCCAGACAGGAUAUUCAACUAUCCAUUGUUUCUCUACCGUGGUUCCUUUCAUUCUUCCUCAACACUAUGCCGCUGGUAUUUGCAUUCAGAGUUGUGGACAUGCUGCUUUUGCAUGGCCCAAGAACAUUGUUCCAGGUUGGCCUGGCGAUUUUGAAAGUCAAUGGCGAAGCGUUGUUAAAUUGCGAGGACGACGGCGAGUGUUUAGCGGUCUUCAAAGAUUUUUUCAUGACGCUUGACGAUCCAGAACCUUCUCUUGUGAACCCUGAAAAGAUGAGAAGCAAGUUCGAUAACUUGUGGGAAGUCGCAUUUCGGGAAUUCUCCGUGAUCGACGAAAAGUUGAUUACGCAGUACCGCUCGAAACACAAAAAUGAGGUGUUCCAUGGAAUAGAGAUUUUUGUGAAAAGGGCUGCUAUUAGAAACUUGCCCAAGACUCCUAACUUGAACAACGAGCAACUGUCCAACAUUUACGACCGCUACUACAAUGCUCUGAUUUUGGAGAACAAUGCUGCUAUCGGCAGAGCCAAUCUCACAAUGGAUUACAACUCGUUUGUAAAAUUCAUGGCUCAUUUGGUUGACUGGGUUGAUCCCGACACAGAUCCAGCCCAGGCUCUGUUUCUACAAAGGCUCUUCACUGCAUGGUCUAAAGGCGAAGACCAUCUCACUUUGGAGACUAUCGUUCUUGGUAUCAACAAACUGAUUGACAAGGAUAUCAUGAACUCGCUCUCCAACUUCAUUGAGCUAUACGAUGAUGGGUCAGGCAAGAUUCGUAGCGAAUCUGUUCUGCAACUUGCAGAGGAUCUCAUUUUUGUGACAGCUCCGUGGAGAAACGGAUAUAUUUUUGACGAUAUAACCAACAAGGAGAUAGAAACCGAGAUUGCAAAGAAAAUUAUUGAACGGAAAAGACUUCUCAAAGAGCAAGGAUUAGACGCCAACGAUGAGGAGAUCAAGCUUCCGCAAGAAGUUCGUUUUAACGAGGAGAAAUGGAAGAACAAACAGAGCGAGAGAUAUCUCGCUUCAAGCUCCAAAUUCUUAAAAAUGGCAUUCCAAUAUGCUCAGGAAGAACAGGAUCCACAGGCCCCUCUUAUCGAUCUGGAAGAUGACGAGUCAGAGAAACUCAAACAUAACAAGGCUCUUGAUCCCUCCAAUCCAACAUAUAUCACGCCAUCUACUUUCAGAAUGAUUAUUUUGGCGGACGACACGUACGAAUCAUUUUUCCAACAUGACUUUUGGAAAUCGUUCCAUGUCAACGAUAAGGUGAACAGAAGCCUUGGUGUGGUAAACAAUUUGCGAGGCAUUUUCACCAACUUCUUAGCCGACGGCCGCAGGGUGGCCAACGAGGUGCGCAAGAGAAUGGAUGACGCUACAAAGUCGGUUGCAACAUCUGAACAGAGCUCUGUCACCACAAGAACUUCGCGAGCACAAACAAUGUCAUCAUACAAUGAAGAAGAUGAGGAUGACUUUGGCAACUUCCAGUCGCCCUUGAACGAUGUUUUCAACGAACUAUCGAUAGGCGGAACUAAAGAAACACAGGAAAGUAAGGAGAAGAGUCCGGAUCAAUAGUGUUCAUUGUAUUAUAGAUUAGUUGCAUAUAUGUAUAAUAUAUUGCAUGCUCAUUUGUGCUUCUAGUGCUUGGCGUUCUUGCCAAACAAUUUGCGGAGCUUGCCAAAUCUCUUCUUCUUCUCUUCAGGAGCCUUGCCUUGUGCAACCUGCUCACUAAAGAACCUUUGUUGUGCUGGCUGUUGCUGCUGCGUCCGCGGUUGCUCUGCACUAAUACUUCUCAGUGUGUUCCGAGAUGGUUUGCCGUUGAGUUGUCCGUUUCUUUCCUCAGCGUCGGAAUCAUAAUCGUCGAAACGCGAUUUGUAUGGGGCCUGAUAUAUCUGUGCUUGUUGUUGUUGAUCCUGAGCAGAUGCAAAAGCGGGAUCAUCUCUCAACGUGAACCUGUUGGCUCUUCUGGCCUCCUGGUUCUUUUCAAAAGAUGAGGUCCUCUCAAGCUUCAUACCAACCUGUUGUACAUAUUGAACAUUAAGAAUAGAUUCGCGGCGACUUUUUCUCUCGUUGGCUUUUUUGUAAAGCUCAGCCGCACGCAAUUGAGCUUCUGACUUUGGUGCAGCCUUGUACUCGUGCUUCUUUGUCGGAGUGGCCUCAAAGUGUUGCGGAUUAUGAUGUUGUGCGGCUCGCGUAGCUGCUGCUAGAUGCGCUGGAGUUGAGCUGUUGGACGGCAGACCGCCAACAGAGUCACGCCUGCCUCUUGGCGGGGUCGCUUGGGUUGUGCGCAGACUGAGCCGCAUACCUUUGUGCUCGUUAGGAGGUUGCCUGGCAACCCUUUCUGGCUGGGGAGCUCUCUUAUGCGAUGGAGAUGCUCGUGGUUGCUGCGACAGAUUGAGAGACGAAGACGAAGCCAUUGCGUUCAGUCUCGUAUUCUCUGCUGUGGCCAGCGAAAGGUAGGCAGAGGAAGAAACAGACACAUCAUUCACCGACAAUCUAGAAGAACUGUUGGUGUUUUUAAGAACCGACUUUCUCUUUUGUGUCUCAACAGGUCUAGGCACUCUUUCCGCCGUAGCACUUAAGGAGCCAUCAAUGUCUUCCAAUCUGCUGAUGGAUGGUCUCUUGGGCGAGCGAGCCGGAAUAUCUGGAUCGCUGGCUGGCUGCGGCGCAGCGGAGAUCUGCUCCUCUGACGACCUCUGGAACCCAAGUGUCGGUCUCAGUCUUUGCGCCAUCGUCUGGCCCAUGUCCUGUGUGGUAUUUGAAGUGGCAGUGUCGCUUUCCUGGAACGUGCGGUCAGCACUAGCGUCUGUCACCAAAGACUCAUCUGCAUUUUCUGUAGUUCCCGAAUGUUCUUUCGCGUCUAGAUUCUCAGUAAAACCACCCGUGUAUCCAUCGACCAAAGCAACCUCGUCAUAGCCAUUGGAGGAUCCUGAAAGAGAUGCCUUAGAGAAACUCGACGUGUCCAGCGGAUUUUGAAUGGAAACCGACUCGUUGGACACGGAUACCAAUGAGUGGGCAGCUUCCAGCUCCUGUUGUUGUAGCACAGAUUGUAGUAUCUCCUGCUCUUUCUGCCUGACUAGUUCCUCCAGCUUCUGUUCAGCUAGCUCCCGUUCAUCUUCAGGAUAAUGAUUAGUCUCCUCCGAUGGAACGUCAUGUGUCCCUGCAGGAUCAAGCUUCACAUCAAUGGUAUCAGAUCGAGGCGGGACAUUAUGCUCUGCAGCUUCUUGCCUGUCCUCAGACUCGUUUUCCACAAUAGUAGGACCAGCGGACAUUUGAGUCUUUUGCGUAUACAUGCCCUGCACACUUUUCUUUUGUGAGGGCAGUGGACCUGACUUUGCUGCAAGUCUCUGGUUUCUAGCCCGACUCGAUAAGGAGUUCAUGGAUGCAGAACGGGCCACUAUUCUGCGGGCAUUGGCAGAUUGCUGGGCGGGUUGGUCUGCAGGAACUUCAAUACAAACAAGACCGUGGGCUGAUGGAACCCAUUUUUUCACCGUAUGUGGCGUAGCGGAGGCAGCCGAAGACUCCAUGUCAAAUCCUUCGUAAUGCGCGCUGGGUCCAUUGAAAGAGCCCUUAUGACGAAGGGGCUGUUGAGUGCGAGGCCUGGCGCCUGUCAAACUCUGUGCACGCUUCGGUCCCGCAUAGGACGACCUUAAAGGUCUUGUUUGUGCGACUGGCGAACUUGGAAUGUUUCUGAGACUGCCUGACCGUACAAUAUGCCUGCUAGUGUUCGAAGUGAUACUAGAGGCGCGCGUGGAACCCAAGAGACUUGCAGCACGAUGUGCCUGUGAGUUUCUUUGUGGUUGCUUAGGUAGAUUCAAAGGGCCCGGUUUGUGGUCGUUCUCUUUUAAGGCCUUGCCAAUCACCGUAGCUGCAGCCAGUGCUCCCGACGUUGGGGCCGCCGGAGGCUGCUGAGCAGGCCUCGAAAGUCUUCUAGAGGAAAACAUAUUCGAGUUG